UGUCCUGUAAUCAAUGAAGAGCGGCUUUGUCCGACACGCGAGCGGCGCGCACCGAGAAAGCCUGACCAUCGAUUCUUUUCGUUUGUGGAAUUUUGUUUAUUGGAGAAUAGAAGCAAGAUAGUUUGAAAAAAAAAUCUGAUCAUGUUGACGAGAGAAAGUUGCUUGCUGGUCCUUAUUAUUCUCGGCUGUGGACAUGGCGAGCAAGAAGUUGCGGACUUUCAGGACACCGCUUCAUGUGGAAGGACAUAUCACCUUGACAACAAUGCAUCCGUCAAGGUCAUAAGAAACGAUGAGACAUCCGGGUAUUGUGGGUUCCUAUUCCAUGCAAUGACGGACGACAUGUACACGUGCCCGGAAGUAUGUGUUAGGGUCGAAGAGAGAUCGAUCAGCGAUUGUCACGCAAGACUGACCUUAAAUGGGAUCAAGUUCGUCACGACGGAAGCACCACCAAAGGAGAUGACAUGUUUUGAACGCCUGCCAGAUGAGAUGUGUUUUGAUACCAGCACGUUGAGAGUUGAGUUGAUCCGGGACCUUCAGUACCCUCAUGCCAAGCUGAACAUCAGUUUCGUAGUAUCUCCUAAAUGUCUCACGACAGUGGAAGCUAAACGGAAACGGGAAGAAAUGGAUGCAGAAACACGAAGAAAGCACAGCGAAGAGACAUAUAACAGCAUGGUGAAGGGAAUUGUCACUGGUGUUUGUCUGUGUUCUAUCUUUCUAUUGGUCCUCUUGCUCACGUGGUGUUACUACCAGAAUAGCUCCAACAGAGGCAAGCGGUACGAUUAUCCCUCCGCCAAAAUCAGCAAAAGACCAACACUUGCCGGGUUCAAGGCCAGAAUGAACUUUAGGAACAGUAGAAACGCCGAAGCAAAGUCAGAGGAAGCUCCAAGUGAAAGGUAUACGGUAACAAACGAAACUUCGACUAAAGUUAAACAAGAAGAAGACGUUCCGCUCAUUAAAACUCAGAAGGAAGCAGAAGAGAAGGAAGCAUGUGACGAUGCAACGGAGAACGCAUGCGCAAAGGACGAAACUAGUUGUGAUCCAGAAAAAGCAGAACCAUGCGAGUCGAAUGUGCCGGAAGAAUACUCUACGCCUCCAGCGGAAGUAGAUUAUGCACCAGCUACUAUAGAAACGACUUGUACAGACGUUAGUUCAGGUGGUGACGGAGGAUGUGACGUGGCGACAACUGAAGCUUAGGUUUAAAUUAUGAUAGGUAUUCUGUUUGUCUAAUUUUAUGCAGAAAUAUAGAUAUCGGAUGUGGAAUAUUAACAAAACUUAACAUCAACUUAGAAAAUGUGUGUCCUAAGUAAGUUUUAAAUACUCAUAUAUUGACAAACUAAUAUAUUUAUCUGGUGUAGUAAUUCAAGCUUAACAAUCUCAGUGAAUAGCACAUCUCAGUAAGUACUAUAUCAUAUAAAAUUGCUGUCAUCACUCCCUGAAUAUAAAUGACUACUGAAUAUCAUUUUGUAAUCAUUUGACUAAUAAUAGCUGUUUAUACGUGUGAUUUAGAAAGUAUCAUUAAGAAACAUUUGCAAUUGUUUUUCUUCUGUUGCAAUUGAAUUCAACGAAAUUUGAUUUCUUGUAAAGACAACACAAUUACCUUUAUAAUAAUUAAGUACUUAUACAGAUGUAUUUUUAUCGUCACACCAAUGUGUAUGCUGCAGAGAAAAAAUUGACAUUGAUAAUUACGUAGAAUAUGGUUUUACUUGUGCACUGCAGUAGAAAACUUUGUAUGAGAGAUUGAGUAAGUGAGAUUUUGACAGUGGUGUUUUUUCUGUUUAUUUUUUUGUUUUGUCUGUAUGCAUCAUUGUACAAGUUGUUGGUUUGACUCGUUAAUGCACGAAGAUGAAUCAUCGUGGAUUUCAUUCAGAAAAAAAUAUAGUACUUCAUUUUAUCUAUUUUCGAUAUUAAGACAGUAGUUAAUAUUUCUUAAAUGAUGAUUAGUGAAUUUACUUUUAAGAUUUCUUAUUUUUGUAACAAAUGUAAUAUUUUGUAUGCAAGUCAAGUUACUUCCCCUAAAGUUGUUAUAAUGAAAUGCAAGACGGGGGAGACAACUCUGCCUGUAGUUAUGGUAACGACCAAUAGAACUAGUGGUACUUGUAAAAGAAAAUUUUCCCGUUUGUAUGCUUGACCGAACGUGUUUGUGUUAUAGAAGAGUAAUUGGAAACGAUUGUAUAUUUUAAUGAGUUUGAUCAGGGGAUUGUAUUUUUCUGUGUAUUUUUCUGUGGUUUUAAAUGAUGUCUUCUUCAUGUUCCCAUGGCAACUAUUCUGUAUAUUUGUAUGUAGAUGCAUUUUUGUACGCAAUUUAAUAUAUAUAUAUAGUCCUUAUCGUGCUGGAUCCCAUAAAUGUUUUGUUUAA